CUUAUUUAUCCAAAAUGGAGCCAGCAGUUAAGACGAAGGUGAAUAUUCUUCAGAAUAUUUCAAAGAAUCCUUCUGUGACGAGGAAGGAAAUUAAGGUACAGAAGAAGACGUCCAGGAAUAGGCUUAGCUUGAGGUCUUCAGACAGACCUGUCAGAGAAAAACAGAAAUAAGUAUCAGAGAAAACUACUAGAUGCAAAGAAUACCAAAGCGAAAAGCUACGCAGAAAGCAUCCGGACUCAGAGCAAUCAGAAAUAAGGAUAGAAAAUUUAAAAUCUCUUCACCUGAACCUGAUUUAUUUAAGCCUCAGUUGAAGUUUAGGGAUGCAACUGAAAUUUAGUUCAUCAAUAAAGUCAAGAACAAAGAUCAAAUUAAACAUUGAAAAACGAUAUAAACCGAAAGGAUACCUCUCCUCUAAAAAGAAUUCCAAAGAUUUGAAAGGAUCAAAGAAGAAAAACAGCAAAGCAACGAUUAAUAAGCCUAUAUCUGUAAAUUUAUUUCAAAACAACUCACCAUGUUCAAAAUCUUCCCAAGAUGUGAGCAUUCAUCAAAUAAAGGACAAAAGUGAAGAUCUACAGUCUCCUAAGGUCACUUAUAAAUAAGAAAUCUAAAAGCAUCCAGCUACACCACAGUGCUAAGAAGGAACCUCCAGCUGGCCAAGACCAGCUGGUACCAGCUGGACAGGGAGUUCAGAAAGCACCGAGUAGUAAGAACUCACCGAGGGAUAGGAAGAAAAGGAGGGAGAGGAAAGAGGGAAAGGUGAAAGGGAGUAGUGGUAAGGGAGCAGAGGAAGGGUGUGAUAUAAUUGUCAAGAGCUUCAACUUAGCCACAACAAAUGACAAUAUUAAAAUUCCAAAAGCUAAAAAGACCCCUAAAACGUCCCUCACAAUCAGGGGUAAGUCCGUAGGAGCCCAAUUGACAUUUGGACAUGCUCUAAACACAACCCAGCGUGCUGAGGGAAAGCAAAAAUCCUUCAGACAGAAGCUCAAGAACACUUUUAUCAAAAUCAAAGAUCCAAAAUCCCAAGAAUUUAUUGAAAAGAACAUCUACACAUUAUACCAAAAAUACAAAAUAUGUGAAUUUGAGAAGAUUUAUGACGGCCUAGACCUGUCUAAGACCUUACUUGAAACUAUAGAGGCCAAUAACGAAGCUAUCAAGAAGGCCAAUAUGCUGAGCUUCUUCUUCAUAAAUUUUUACAAGAACUUUGAGCAGAAUAUCAUUCACAAAAAACCCAAGAAAGCAUACCAGGAAUGCCUGAAGUUGUAUGAUCAACACUCUGUGAACACACUUGACAUGAACAUUGAGGAGUUUGAGAAAUGAAAUAUACUCAAUGAACGUAUUUUACAGGAAAAUCCAGUGGAUAACAUCAACACUUGCCACAAGAAACUAGUUUCAUUUGAGCAAGACCUCAAAACAUACUGUAGGCAGAUUGGCAAAAACUCUAUGGCUAAAUUUAAAGAGGAAGAGAAAUAUAACUCUCCCAAAGGAAUCAAGGAAGCUAAGUCUACGGAUAAAGAUCUGUUUGAAAUCCCUCAAAAACUUAAGGAAACACCAGCUUUUAACAGAAAGGAAUAUAACAGUGUGUCUCGAUCAAUGUGAUGGAACAGCAUGAAGAGAGAUGGUUCUGACAUGAAUGAGCAAAGCUCAAACGCAGGGUAUUCCUCCCUGAUGCUAUCAGAUCGAGGCAUUGAAUCUAAACUUAACCGGCUACAGGAGGAAAUUGGUAAAAGAGUUCAUAACGAAUCCAUGUUAAAAUCUAGCAUAAAAACACUAACUACUGAAUUGAAUGAAGUUAAGAAGCUACUAACUCAUGAUAAUGAAUAUAACGACUUGAAGGAGUCUAUUUCUAGUAUUUCACAGGCUAUCUUCAACACUAGCAAGGAUAUUCAUAUAAAAGAUGAGCAUCAAAUGCUCUUGAAGAAUCUGAUCGGAGAUGAUCUGAGGGAAAGAAUCGGAUCUCUUGAGGAAAAACUCAAAACAUAUGAGCUAGAGGUAGAACAACUACAACAGAAAAUGCAGAAAGAGAUAAGAAGGAACAACCAAGCUUAUACUAUAUGUAAGAAAUAUAUUGGCGGCAUAAAGACUUGUCAUAAGAUGGCUCAAGAAGAUACUAGCAUUAUCGGUUUCUUAUAUAACCUCAGUACCGAGGCUGAUGAGGAUUUGGAGAAAAUUGACGAAUUUCACCUCCAAUCAUAUCAAAAUAGUGUAAUAUUGAAAUCUUAUGGGUCAAAGCAAAUUAAUUCAGCUAAGGAUCAGAGUAUUGAAGAUAUGCUUCAAAAAGAACUUUUAGAAAAAGACAAGAAGAUUCAUAAACUAGAGCAUGAGUUGAAACUAAUGAGUAAAUCAAAAUCAAGAGCUGGAGGUAAAUUAAUUCGUUCCAAAUUUUCUGCCAGCCACACAGGAAAUGACCUCCAUACCGAAGAAAGCGAGGAGUCCAAAUCUUUAAAAUCCGUCGGCUACAUAACUGGUGUCUCAAACUCUCUACGUCUCCCUAUGAGUAAAUGCUACGAUAAAAAGUUACGCAAUCACUAUCCUCCAAGACCCAAAAAGAUGCUCAACCUUCAAGACGAGCUAGAACAGGAGCCUGACCCUGAGCCUGCCAGGCUCACUGAGUCCAAUGGAAUAAUUUCUGAGUUCUAGCCCAAAAUCCUUGGUUUCUUCGUAACUCAUUAUUUUCAAUAAAAAUAUCUAAAUUGAAU